AACAGCCUGAAGGCGAAUACCUGAAGUAGUGUGUUAGUACUUCGUAAUAUAGACUUUUGUAAUUGCAGCUCUCCAUUAUAAGAAACACUUAUCUGAAGAGGACACACGCAUGCAUUUUUAAAAAUGUUAUUGGUAGUAAAUAGCGCUUUUACACUGAAAGUGUAAUGUUGGGAGUAUGCGCUAAGUUAGCUUGCUGGCUAGCCGAACACUACCAGCUGGAUGCUAUCGCCUCUCAGAAGAAACCGGUGAUGACAAGAAACGAUUUCUAUGGAUAGACAUCUGUUAAUGUCCCAUUUUAGAGAAUUGACAAACAUAGGUUCGUCUUUGACAGCGGGCAAUCAUCUCACCGGCUGAUAUGGACAAGGUGAAAUCACGCAGUACUGAUGAGGAUGAAGAGCUGCACUCCACAGAUCCAGAGAGUAAAGAGAAGGGCAAAGAUAAAAAGACACUGUGCAAAGUAAAAUGGUCACGAGAUGAGGAUGAAAAGCUGAAAAAGCUUGUUGAGCAGCAUGGAACUGAAUCCUGGAAAUUAAUUGCUAACUUUUUCCCUGGGAGGACAGAUGGUCAGUGUCAGCACCGCUGGCAGAAGGUGCUCAAUCCAGAGCUAGUCAAAGGACCAUGGACAAAAGAGGAGGAUCAGAAGGUGAUCGACCUGGUACACAAGUAUGGUCCCAAACGUUGGUCAGUGAUCGCAAAACACCUCCAGGGAAGAAUCGGGAAGCAGUGCCGUGAACGUUGGCACAACCACCUGAACCCAGAGGUGAAGAAGUCUUCAUGGACUCAGGAGGAAGAUAGAAUCAUCUAUGAAGCGCACAAACGCCUCGGCAACCGCUGGGCAGAGAUCUCUAAGCUUCUCCCCGGGCGGACAGACAACUCUAUCAAGAAUCACUGGAAUUCCACCAUGAGAAGAAAGGUGGAGCACGAGGGUUACCUGCAAGACAGCUGCAAGACUUUCACUUCCUCCACUAGUGUGAAGAGACGUCACAGCAAAGCUUGUCCCCCUACUCCAACAAAGCCACAGCACUGUGACCGCAGUCCUCUCCCUGUAACAGGACCAAACCAGAUGGCUGCUUAUCCGUACGAUCCUAACAGUGUACACAUGAUGGACAGUCUUCCUGAAAGUUCAGGCUUCUUAUCACCAUCCUGCCUGGAUGAUCCUGACAGAGAGCAAAGAAUUAAGGAGCUUGAGCUGCUGCUUAUGUCAGCAGAGAGUGAAGUCCAACGACAAGCGCAGUACAGAGGGUCAUGUAGUAUGAAGCCAUACCCAGCCUGGUCAGAUAGUGUCAGUGUGUCAGAUGAUACAUUAACUACAAGUAACAGCAGCCUGGAGGAGCAAGCAGAAAGAGGACCCUGGAGGGGUUCUGAGAUACCUGCAGGGCCCCCAGCACAGAUUCCUGUCUCUCCAAGCAAGUUCAUGGCUGUUGAAGCCAGCACUGUGCUUUCCAACCUGCAGGCCAUCCCAGAUUUUGCAGAGACCAUGGAGCUCAUUGACGGAAUGUCUUUUGCUCUGCAGGAUCCUGAUGCAUGGAGCGAUGUUACCAGUUUUGAUAUGUCAGAGACAGCAACACCGCCCAGGCACAACCAGGCAGGCUACACCACUCUCCUUCAAGAGAGGACAGUUUACAACCCAUUGAGCUACACAGUCAACACUCCCACUGCCAUCUCAACCCAUGAAAGGACAUGUGAUCCAUAUGGUAUGGGAAGUGUUACCACCUUGACAUCCCUAAGUUCACCCAAACCUACCCAAACACCCACAGGGAUGAGGAAAAGAAGAGAUCGGGGGGAACCUUUGUCUGAUAGGACCUGCUCUUCCUUCUUGGAGAAUAUCUCAAACUCGCCCAAGAAAACGCCCAAAAAGUCACAGCCAUUUACCCCAUCCCGAUUCGGCAAUGUAUCUGGAGCAGAGCACCUGAAUCUAGAUGAUCCCACCCUCACCUCAACUCCUCUGUGUGGUCAAAGGUGCCUCCUCAACACGCCCCUCCACAAAGAAACCACACCUAAGCACCAGAAAGAGAACGAUGGCUCCAGGACCCCUAAAUUCCAUAAGAAUGUUGCAAUCCCAACUCCAAGAACACCAACUCCCUUCAAAAAUGCUUUGGCUGCCCAGGAGAAAAUGCAUGGUCCACUGAAAAUGGAGCCGCAGCCCUUGGCAUUUCUAGAAGAGGACAUUCGAGAGGUUCUGAAGCAAGAGACUGGAACAGACAUCUUCAACAAAACUGAUUUUCAUCCACAACACAGAGCAUGGAAACAUAAUUUGGAUGGCCCAGCUAGAAAAGUGCGCAAAUCUCUUGUGCUAGACCUUUGGGAUAAAGACAACAUUGAUGUCCAACUCUUCCAUGAGCAGCUCAACAAUGCACAGGUGUCAGAAGAGAGUCUCCUGACAAGCUCUGCACUGGUCACUCCGAACUCUGACCAAGAUGAAAGUAGCCACCCUCUGACUUCUGAGAAAGAGGAGUCCUCAUUAGGGGUCAAGACUCAUCCACAGUGCUUUCCAAGCCCCCAUAUGAAGAAGAUUCAUUCUUCCCACAAAGUACCAAAACUUCACACUUCACAGGUGAGUGAGUGGGAAGCAGUGGUUUAUGGAAAGACUGAGGACCAGCUGAUCAUGACAGAACAAGCUCGUCAGUACCUGAACCCCUACCCAUCAUCUGGCCCUACCUCAAGGACCCUCGUGCUUUAAAGCCGUCCCCCCGAGACGUAAGCUGCACUACAUCUGUCCAACAACUUAAAGCUCCACUGAGUCCUGUCAGAGACAAUCCAGUGAACCUUUUAAAGCACAAAUCCAGUGCCAAGGACGUCCACGCAGAGGCAUGGCUGCUGGUUUUGGUUUCAACACAUUUCUAGUUCGCUUGCUCAGAGAUGUCUCUAUUUAGCCUGUGAUUUAUUUUGACCAUACACUAUGGCUAUAUGAGCAGAUGUUUUUUUAACCAGUCACUACAAUCAAUCUGCACGCACAGCAGUUGUACAUAUAGAGUGUGUGUCACUUGCAGAGAGUACUUCUGCAGUGUUAUAUUGUUAAUAUAUAUUGUUUAAAUGGCAUAAAAGAUGCUACUAAUUUUGUAUCUCCUGCAGCUUUUUUAACUAAACUGCCCCAUUGCUGUUGUCAGAUAAAAAUCACACAUGCUGCAUUUGUAACACCUGUGUUUUUUAAAAUUACACUUUUUUUUUCUAACAAAACACAUCCAGUAAAAUAUUGAAUGUUAGCUAUUAUUAUUAAAUAAUUAAAUGAUAGAUCAAAAUGCAGCUAUGUGGUUUGUAAUGACUGGUUAUACAGACAUGGACAAAAAUAGCUGACACACCUCUGUUAAUGAAAGAAAACCCACAAUAGUUACUGAAAUAACUAAAUAAAAUGUACUGAGAAUUAACCAGUGAAAAUUAGACAUUGCUUUUGAAUUGUUGUUCAUCAGAAUAAGAAGAAGAACAAAACGGCUAUUUAAACAGGCUGGGGAAUAAAUUACGCCACUCUUUCUGUUGCACAAACAUUUAAGGCAAUCACUGCAAGCAAACAAUUUCUUUAACUAUCAAUAAGACUUCUUUCAACGGGUAUUUUGGCCCACUCCUUGUUCUGCUCCAGUUGUCUCAGGUUUAAGGGUGCCUUCUCCAGAUGACUUGUUUCAGCUCCUUAUACAGAUGUCCAGUAGGAUUUAGAGCAGGGCUCAUAGAAGGCCACUUCAGAAUAGUCCCAUGUUUUGAUCUUAGCCAUUCUUGGGUGUGUUUAGCUGUGUGUUUUGUUUCAUUGCCCUGUUGGAAGACCCAUGACCUGCAGCUUUCCAAGCUUUCUGACACUAGGCAGCUAUUUUGCUCCAGAAUGUCCUAAUAGUCUUGAGAUUUCAUUGUACCCUGCACAGAUUUAAGACACCCUGUCCCAGAUGCAGCGAAGUAGCCCCAGGACAUAAUCGAGCCUUCUCUAUGUGUCCCAGUAGGGAGAGUCCUCUUUGUUUUUUGUGUGCUUCAUUGUUGCGUCUGUGAAUAUAGAGAUGAUUGGCCUUGCCAAAAAGCUCUAGUUUAGUCUCAUCUAUCCUAAGGACAUUCUCCCAGAAGCUGUGUGCCUUGUCAUUAUGCACUGUGGCAAAUUCCUGUCUGGCUUUUUUUUUAUUUGCUGUCAACAGUAGUUUCCUCCUUUGUUGUUUCCCAUGAAGUCCACUUUGGCUCAAG